AUGGCAAACUCCAGUGGAAGUACCAGAAGACGUCGGGGAAGUGAUGAUGGAGGGCGUGCUGUUCCGUUGCCAGCUAAGAUUGCAAAACAGAAAAAAGAGCAAAAACACCAAACUAGUUCGAUAACUAGUUCGAUACUUUCUUAUCUCUGGAACAUAUUCCAAAUAACUCUCGUUUUGGUUGUUUCUAUAAUCGUCUCCGCUCUUCUCACUAACCGAAUCGUCAACUCACCAAUCAGAGCAGUUGAAUUCGAUCUUGGAGAAAGUCUUCCUUUGAAAGGAGUACUUGCAGUAAAUAGUCGAUUAACUGAUGCAGAACUUCUUCUCGAAGAUCAAGUUUAUGGACCAGAAUCUCUCGUUCUUGAUGAGAAAAACAAAAAACUUUAUGCUGGAUUCAAGACGGGAAUUAUCGCUGAAAUAAGUAUGACUGAAGGAAAAGAAAAGAUUUUGCAUGCUGUUCAGCUGGCACAAGGAAAUCAUGACUGUGAUGGUUCAUACAAAACAAUGAAUUUGUGUGGACGACCACUUGGAUUGAGACUAAGCGAUGCAAAUGAAUUGAUCAUUGCUGAUGCAUAUUUGGGAUUGUUUGCAAUCAAUUGGCAAGAAGAGAAAGUUGUCAAAAUCCUUGGUGCUGGAGAAUUACCAACGAACGACGAGAAUGGGGCUCCAAUCAAAUAUCUGAAUGAUUUGGACAUCCUCCCAGACGGCCGUAUAAUUUUCUCUGAGUCAUCUACUAAGUUCGAUGACCGUGAUUUCAUUUUGGAUCUUUUCGAGCAUCGACCGAAUGGACGUCUUCUGAUUUAUGAUCCAAGAAAGAAGAAUUUGAGAGUGCUCAAAGAUGGACUAUAUUUUCCGAAUGGAGUUCAACUGAGUAUCGAGAAAGGAGUUUCCAAAACUGCUCCAUGGAGAGUAUUCUAUAGUGAAAUGGGAAUGGCUCGAGUCAUGCAAAUCUGGGUUCCUCAGGAUCAUUAUUCAACUGCUUCAGUCAAAACAGCUUUACUCAUCGAGAAUCUUCCCGGAUACCCAGACAAUAUUCGACUCACAAAAACAGGACAUCUUCUUGUUCCAAUCGCGACACAUCGUUCCGAAAAUGAUAGACUCCUCGAACAACAACCUAGAGUUCGCGAGUUCUUAACGAAAAUAUUGAGCAACAAAGCUCUUGCUUUGGUGGCCAACUAUUUUGCCGAUGCAGAAGGACUUGUGCUGAAAGUGAACACAGAAACAGGACAAAUCAUCGAAUCAUACCAUGAUCAAACUGGAAAAGUGGAGGCGAUUUCUAUUGCGAUCGACGAUGGACAAGGACGGAUGUUGCUAGGAAGUGACGUCAAUUAUUAUAUUGCACGGGCAAAGCUCUAA